AUGUCCUGGUCAAGUGAGGUGACCUGUGCUGGAUCUUCCGGCGACAGCCGCUCUAUCGAAAGCGGAGUGACAACGAAGCGUAAACAUUUCAUCAAUUGCACCUCAUCGACGGGAUCGAUGGCGUCUUCGCCGCUUUGCGACAUUGCCGUGGAGAAAAAAAGGAAAUUGGAGUUGACGAAAGAGCUCAAAGCUCGGAGUGCAAAAUUGAAGGCCCAAGCUUCCUUCGAUGCUUCGUUCUGGAGCACAGCGGCCGAAUUGGAAGAUAUACAUCUCAAGGUGUACGAAUCGGAUCGCAAAGUCUCGAUCGUGGAAUCAAAGCUGUCCGAGGACGAGUGGAAAGAGACUCCCGAGGCUCAAAGGUUUUCCGAACAGAUCAAGGCCUCAGAACAGACAAAGAAAAUCUAUGAGAAGCGAAGAGAGGCACUUCAAGAAAGGGAAAGUCCAGCACGCACUGCUUUCAUGAAGCUUUUUGUCUCUUCGAAGAUCGGUCUUGGAAUUCGGACGACAGGCGUUGGCAAGCGACCCACAGCGGAUCAAGCCAACUUUCGCCAAGCUCUUAUUGAGGUACACGAUUCAAAGGAGCCUGGGUAUGAUGCGCUUUGGUGCCCGAUAAUGGGAGAGUACCUGGACUCGGACCUUGUUGUCGCCAGUCAUCUUUUUGCAUGGGGGCAUGGUCAGGACGCGAUGGAUGCCAUAUUUGGCAGAAAAGCCCAGUCUGAGCUUUUUUCGCCUCGAAAUGGCCUUCUUCUUCCGGUUCACAUCGAGAAGGUUUUCGACAUAGGAAAGCUGGCAAUUGUCCCUCAUCUCCCUGAAAGCACCUGCAUGUCGAUUGAAACCAUCAAGACGUGGCUCCUAAAUGAGCCGCGCGAUUACCAAGUCAAGAUCCUAGACCAGAAAUGGGACAGACUUGAUGACCGAGUGUACCGCCUCCAUCCUCUGACAUUCCGUGACCUUGACGGCCGCAAACUCCAGUUUCGUACCUCGUUUCGACCAUCCGCAAGGUACGUCUACUUCCAUUACUGCAUUCAGGUGCUUCGCCACGCUUGGCAGCACAACGAGGCCAAGGCCGGUCAACGGGCCGCGGACUCUUUGAAGCAUGAAGAUGGGAGGCCUUUCUGGUGCACCCCGGGGAGAUAUCUCCCAAAGAACAUGCUCUUGGCUUUUGUAGAAGAGCUGGGACAUGAGUAUAAGCCCCUGCUGCAGGGUGCUUCAUGCCCAACGGUCGGGAACUCGGACCUCCUUCUCGAAGUCGCGGCCAAUCAAGUCAAGAACCGGUCGUCCAUUCUGGACACCAACCAGGAGGCUCCAGAAGACGAGCAGUCGACGGACGAUGACGGGUCAAAUGGAGACGACCUGUCUUUUGAAUAUUCUUCAUGGGUGGAAAAGGAUUGA